AUGGCCACGGCACACACGCCGCAGAGUCGCGCGGCCACAGGACACUCUUGUUCCGCAUAUGGCACACAGAGAUGGAGUGCAUGGUCACAGAGCACCGACUCGCUCGUCUCUGCCAUCGUGCGGUUCCCGGACACUCCGCAAGGGUCGAUGAGUACGCUCAAUAUACACAAGGAACAGCAGGGGUCGGAGAGCUCCUCCAAUGCGUCGCAAGAGACACUGGUCCCCCACUGUCCGUCCGCAGGUCGCGCCACCUUUUCCCCGCGCAUCCGCUGCGAUCACCCGACCCCACCAGCAGCAGCAGCUGCACCAGCGACACCCGCUCAAGCCACAGCCGCCGCCAGCCGCACCUCGAUUCUACGCGACGAACACCUACGUGCACUGACGUACGAGUUCGAGACGCACCUCCUGCAGUUCCGCUUGCUCGCCGCACCGCUGCUGCAGCAGUUGGCACAGCACAUGGAGGGGAGCGAGUCGAAGCUCGACGAGCUGCUGCUGUGCAGCAUCCGGCGCGUGUCGGCACAAGCGACCGAGGCGAUGGUCAUGGUCACGUGGUACCGCGAGACCAAGCUGCGCUGCCCCGUCGCAGGAUCACUGCCAAUGCAGGCGCCAACGGAGACGGAGGAGCAGGAGAAGGGGGCGAGGCGGAACGCGUUUGAGGCGUCGAACGGGGAGAGGACGUGGGCAGCGGCGGGGGUGAGGCAGGAGAGGAGACCGCAUACGGCUGGCGGUACCGUGCACACGAGGGCGCCGCUGCACUUUGGUCGGUCCACGUCGCCUUCGCAGCCGUCGCCGUCGCACUGUCGCCUCACCGCCGACGUGCCAGUGCGCUCGGGGCGCGGUUCGGGGGAUUCGACUCGCGCGUCGACACGCGUCCUCGAUGCUGCCGCGGUGCGCUUCCCGCGCGGAAGCCCGUCGGCUCCACUACGGAAGCACGACACGCUGGCUCGACAGCGCACCAACUCGCUGAAAGACUUGACACUCAGCUUGCGCUCUCCCGCUGCCACCACCACUCGCGCAGGCAGUCUGGCCCUCGCACCCCACACCCGCCCGCUCUCGCUCGCGUACACGGCCUCCGCCGCAGCUCACUCGACGCAGACUGCCCCGAGGAAAAAUUUCAUGCCGCCCACCAGGACAAGCAGCGAAGCACAAGCCAGUGAGCGCAGACCCGGACCGACGUUCCGCGCGCUGUUCAAACCAUUCUCUUCCUAA